AUGGCUUCCGCUCGCGCUGUGAGCUUCCACAGGAUCCCCAGCGGGGCGGCGCCCGACUCCUGCUCUCGCUCCGCAACUACGCCGGCGACGACAAGACGAUGGAACCCGCCGCCACCGCCGUCUCAGGAGCUGAAGAACGACGGCGAAUUUCGCAGGCCCUUCAUCACCAGAAGAGACGCCGCUCUCUUGCUCUCCGUCCUUCCCUUCGCGGCCAACGCGGCGGUCCCUCCCGCAGAGGCCAGGGAGAGGCGGAGCCGCAAGGUCAUCCCCCCCCAGGACUACCUCACCAGCCGUUAGUCUCUCUCCUUUCCCCUCUCGCUUCUCCUUACCCUGCUCAUCGAUGGCAUUCCCCGAGGUCACUACUUCCGCGUCCUCUGCGUCUCCGGAUGAUCUCUAGGGUUCCAUCUCCUACAAAGAAAUCUUUCAGUGAACUCAUGUUUGCUCGAAAAUGUUUUACCGGCAGCCGACGGACUGAAGUACUACGAUCUGCUCGAGGGCAAUGGACCCAUCGCCGAGAAGGGGGCGACUGUGCAGGUGUUCUACCCGGAGACAUGGUGAUUCUUUGAUGGGUCGCUCCCUCCCUCCGAGCUUUACCGCCUGCUUGCUGGUUUUCUAGGUGCACUUUGACUGCAUCUACCGCGGCAUCACAGCAGUUUCGAGCAGAGAAUCUAAGCUGCUGGCGGGCAAUCGGAUCAUCGCCCAGGUAUGAACACGCAUCUUCAUGGUUCAGCCUCUAAAAAAUCAUUCAAAUUGCCAAUUUCCGUCAAAAAAUAUCAGGAAAAAAACUUUGGAGAUGGCCAUGGAAGACACUCUGAAGGAACAGUCUUUUCUAAGACGGUUCAUCUUCCUGAGAGUCAAGAUGAUCGUGAGCUAACAUUCUCUUUCGGUUCUUAAGUAGCCAUACGAGUUUACCAUCGGGUCAACGCCGGGGAAAGAACGCAAGCGGGAUUUCGCGGACAAUGCAAACGGCCUCUUCUCUGCCCAGGCUGCUCCUAAACCACCAGCAGCCAUGUACAAGAUUACCGAAGGGAUGAGAGUAGGAGGGAAGGUGAACCAAGAUCUUCAUCUUUCUCCACGAUCUGAUCUCAUCGGCAGUCAACUGUUUUACUGGUUCUUUCAUGAAACCCGUAGUUCCGAUAAUUCACAGAGUUUCAGUAUCUAAUUUUAUUGAAACUUAUAAUAGUCAAACAAAAUCAAAAAAAUAAAUCUUACUUAAUCAAUCAAAGGUCCAGCUGAUCACCACGUCUGUAUUCUAGUUUCCUGCAUGGUUUUGUCAAACAAUUAGCAUCUAAUUAUAUGUUCAUAAUGCAGAGGACCGUCAUCGUGCCCCCUGAGAUUGGCUAUGGUCAAAGGGGAAUGAGCGAAAUUCCGGUAAAAAUCUGAUUUUCUUUUAAAGUAAACCCAAUUUUUAUUUCCCAAGUUGGAAUAUAUAUAAUAUUACCAGGAUCUAGUAGGGAAGCAUGGCAACUUACCUUCAGGCUCAUCAUAAUAAAGUUGACUUCUAAAGGAAAAAAAAAACCACUUCAGAAAAUAAUUAAUAAUUAUCAAAAGUCAAAAUAAGCCGGGGAAAAAGUAAAUAAGCCCUGAUCUAACUGCAUCUAUAGCUUUCUGAAGAUUUUAGGUCAUAUGAAUACCUCCAUUGUGUUCUUGUCUUGCAGCCAGGUGCCACCUUCGAGCUGAAUGUGGAGCUCUUGGAAGUGGUAUCAUCAGCAGCCAAGUAG